CUGCGAGCUGGAGUUUGGCUGGGGAUUUAACUUCCUCCUUCUCUAGCUCUGAGAGACCAAUAAGCAAAAUAAAUCUCAAAGCUUAACUUUAAAAGUAAACACAACUCGGUUUAGAACGAUUCCCGUCUCCAAAAAUCUGUAAGUAUCUUUUCUAUAGUGGAUGAAGUAACUUCCCCAAGGGUACGUCUCUCGUCGUCUUGGCAUUUCUUAUUUAAGAAAGGGGGAAAAAAAAAAAAAGGAAGGAAAAAAAGCGCUACUUUUCGAGUGAUGCCAUUCUGUGAUUAAAACCAUAAUCAGGUACUUUUCCAGCAAUCCUGCCUGUCCUGUUCAUUUAGGAAUUCGAGACAAAGAAAGACAUUUGAAAAUAGCUGAGACUCCAGGCUGAAAGCAACCAUAUUUUAUGACCCUGGCAGCGAAGAGUUUAUAGCACUCGCCAUAAAAUGCAUCCUCCUCCCCACAUCCUCCCUGCUAAAGCUUUGUCCCCCUCCAAUCAAGACAGUCAAGGAGGCACCACCUUCAACCCUCUUAUUAGGAGACACCAAGUCUGCAGGCUCCGCUCUCCCUGGCUUCCUACCUGAGCGAGGGAGGGCAGGCUGACGCCUUCCACAGAAAAGGUCUUGUUAAACUUUCAAGAGAGGGCAACGGGAGGGAAAGCAGAAAGGAAGGAAAGAGAGAAGGAGAGAGAAACAAAUGGGGCAUUUUCUAAUCUGUGCCGAUCAAGGAGAACCUGUAGGGGUCCUUAAGGAGGUUUCAAGGCGUUCCGAGUGAUUGGAAAGUAAUCACCGUGUCAGCUUCACCUUUCUCAUGCAAAGUGGAUGUCGUAUGUGAGGCGGAUCCUGCACAGGUUUUUUUCUUCUUCUUGGCUUUAGCUUUUUUUUUUCACUUUAUUUUAUGCUGGGAUUCAGCCGCCCCCAAAAGCCCCAGCUGCUGCGGCCCCAGGAGCUGGCGCGGCGGGGGGAGCGGAGCGGGCACAGACACCACGCACACUCCAGCGCUGCUCGGCACGGCGCGGCGGAGCCGACCUAUUGCAAACCCGGACCAGAGGGCGGCGAGGAGGGGGGAUUUUUCAGGCCCCCCUCUUCAAUGGCUUAGAUAUUUCCUCCCCCUCCUCCUCCUUUAUUCCGCGCUCGGAUAAACCAAUCCCCACCUCUCGGCAAGAAAGUGAGGAGCUGCGACCCGCCGGAGGAGAGGAGGAUCCCCGGAGACACCGCCGCUCCCAAAGCCGCCCGGGACAUGUGCGAGGGGCCGCGGUGAGCGCCCGGCUCUGCCCGCACCGAGCUCCGGACAUCGCUCCGCCGGCGCGGCCGGGCAGCGGCAGCGGGGCGCAGGAGGAAGCGGAGCAAAGGGAGGUGGGCAGGCGGAUCGCGAAAGUGGAAGCCCGGCCAGCAGAAAGUUGCCGGGCUGCCCGCAGUAAGUUCGGCGCAUCUGUGGAGCGGGGGCGCUUUCCCUUCCGCCGGCCGCAGCCCGGGCGCUCCCCGCGGGGCCGCGGCGGCCCGGGCGAUGCUGCCCCGCUCCGCCGGCCCCGCGGCCCCGCCGCGCUCGGGGCCGCCGCUGCGGCGGGCAGGGCCCGGCCGGCCGCUGCUCUGAGCCCCGCGGCCCCCGCCCCGCCCGGCCCCCGCCCGCGGCCGCGCUCCGGCCGCACGGCAGCCGCCACAAUGGGGCCGGCGGCCGGCAGCACCGCGCUGCUGCUCUGCUGGCUCAGCGGCUGCUGCGCGGCCAUCAGCUCCAUGGACAUCGACCGCCCCGGCGACGGGAGGUGCCAGCCCAUAGAGAUCCCCAUGUGCAAGGAUAUCGGCUACAACAUGACCAGGAUGCCGAACCUGAUGGGGCACGAAAACCAAAGGGAAGCUGCCAUUCAGCUGCACGAGUUUGCCCCCUUGGUGGAGUACGGGUGCCAUAGCCAUCUGAAAUUUUUCCUGUGCUCCCUCUAUGCCCCGAUGUGCACGGAGCAGGUUUCUACCCCGAUCCCAGCCUGCAGGGUGAUGUGUGAGCAGGCGAGGCUGAAGUGCUCCCCGAUUAUGGAGCAGUUCAAUUUUAAGUGGCCGGACUCCUUGGACUGCAGCAAACUGCCCAACAAGAACGAUCCCAAUUACCUGUGCAUGGAAGCCCCCAACAACGGGUCAGAUGAGCCACCCCGGGGCUCCAGCAUGCUGCCACCCAUGUUCCGUCCCCAGCGGCCCAGCGGCGGCCACGACCUGCAGCAGCACAAGGACAGCCUGAGCAGAACGUCCUGUGAAAAUCCUGGCAAGUUCCACCAUGUGGAAAAGAGCGCAUCCUGCGCGCCGCUCUGCACGCCAGGCGUUGAUGUUUACUGGAGCAGGGAUGACAAACAGUUCGCUGUCAUUUGGAUUGCUAUCUGGUCCAUUCUGUGCUUCUUCUCCAGCGCUUUCACCGUGCUCACUUUCCUCAUAGAUCCUCAGCGUUUCAAGUACCCCGAGAGGCCCAUCAUCUUCCUCUCCAUGUGCUACUGUGUCUACUCGGUGGGGUACAUCAUCCGCCUCUUCUCGGGGGCCGAAAGCAUCGCCUGUGACAGGGACAGCGGCCAGCUCUAUGUCAUCCAGGAGGGGCUGGAGAGCACUGGCUGCACCAUCGUGUUCCUGGUUCUCUAUUACUUUGGUAUGGCCAGCUCCUUGUGGUGGGUGAUCCUGACCUUGACUUGGUUUCUGGCAGCUGGGAAGAAGUGGGGGCACGAGGCCAUCGAGGCCAACAGCAGCUACUUCCACCUGGCAGCGUGGGCCAUCCCGGCCGUGAAGACCAUCAUGAUCCUGGUGAUGAGGAGGGUGGCUGGGGACGAGCUGACAGGGCUGUGCUACGUGGGCAGCAUGGAUGUGAACGCCUUGACGGGGUUUGUGCUCAUUCCUUUGGCGUGUUAUCUAAUCAUUGGCACUUCUUUUAUUCUUUCUGGGUUUGUGGCCCUUUUUCACAUCAGGAGGGUGAUGAAAACAGGUGGAGAAAACACCGACAAGUUGGAGAAACUUAUGGUCAGGAUUGGUGUCUUCUCAGUCUUGUAUACAGUGCCUGCAACUUGUGUGAUAGCUUGCUAUUUUUAUGAGAGACUGAACAUGGAUUACUGGAAAAUUGUGGCAACUCAACAGAAAUGCAAGAUGAACAAUCAGACUAAAAAUUUAGACUGCAUGAUGAAUAACUCUAUACCAGCAGUAGAAAUUUUUAUGGUCAAAAUUUUUAUGUUAUUAGUUGUGGGCAUUACUAGUGGCAUGUGGAUCUGGACUUCCAAGACUCUUCAAUCCUGGCAAAAUGUUUGUAGUCGGAGAUUAAAGAAGAGAAGUAGGAGAAAACCUGCAAGUGUUAUUACGAGCGGUGGAAUCUACAAAAAACCUCAACAUCCACAGAAAACUCACCUUGCAAAAUAUGAAUCAACAUUACAACCGCCCACUUGUGUGUGACCGGGUUUUAGAAAAGACUGUAUUUCACCUCACAGACUUACAAAUGUCCACAGUACCAGUCAGAAAUAAAAAAAAAUGAAUGGUGCUUUUUUGUCAGAACAGUUUAAUAUCUCAAGGCACAAAAAUGUAUCAUGCUGAAUUCAGGACCUGGUGAAAAACUGAAGGUAAACGUACUCAUGGAAAGGUUUUCAGUGAAAGAAAUAUUGUGAAUUAAAACAGUCUGUUCUGUUUCUAAUUUGUAGUUAAGAAUUACAUCCAUCCCUCAGAUUAAAAAAACCCCGACAUAAAAACAAAACCAAACACAACAACCAACACUUAUUUAACUUUUUCAUGUAGCUGGGCUGGGUUUUCUUCAGCUCUCUGAGUAACAAGGUAUAGUCAGGUUUUAUGGAGCAAUGGUUUGAUUUUAGAAGUGCCCCAGUGAGCAUUGUCUCCCCAGGGACACGGAGGUCCCGAGGAGGCCGAUCCCGGGCCAGGAUGCUCUCUGGGAAAACAACCUCCGUGCUAACUUUAAAACCCUUUACAGCUGCUCUCAGCCCACUGGGCCUGCAGUGCCUAAAAAUAGGCUCGAUCUAUAAUGCUCACCAAUAUUCUUUCACCAAAAGAGAAACUUCCUGCGCCAGACACAAACUUUGUGAAUAAGAAUAAUGUGCAAUACAUUUUUUUUCUUACCAUGACAUGAAAAGAGAAACAAGUAUUUUGCUGUACAUAAAGACCACAAAAGAAAUCUCUUAACAAAAGAACUAAGAGGUCUAGUCCUCAGAAACCCUUUAGUGUUACAUUUUGUGGCUUUUUAAUGGAAAUCAAGCCAAUGUUAUACACGUUUGGACUGAUUUGUGCAAAAAAAAAGGGGGGGAUCAAUUCAAAGAGACCCAAAGGGCUUAUUGACUCUUUCUAUUGUUAAACAAAUUCUCACUAUGAAUAGAUCAAGAAGCACUAGAUUCUGCAAAGGGAAGCUUUGUAUAGAGUGAUACUCUUUACUGUGCUGGGGGUGCACAGUUUUCUGCUGUAUAUAUUUGUAAUAUACAAUUAUUUUUCAUGCUCCACUAUUUUAUUAAAAAUAAAAUAUGUUCUUUAGUUUGAUAA